AUGAAGCACCUCGCAGCUUACCUCCUCCUCGGCCUCGGUGGUAACGCCAGCCCCAGCGCCAAGGACAUCGAGAAGGUCCUCUCUUCCGUCGGUAUCGAGGCCGAUGAUGACCGCGUCGAGAAGCUCAUCUCUGAGCUCGAGGGCAAGGACAUCAACGAGCUCAUUGCCGAGGGUUCUUCCAAGCUCGCUUCCGUCCCUUCGGGCGGUGCCGGUGGUGCUGCUGCCGGCGGUGCUGCCGCUGGUGGCGCCGCUGCCGAGGAGGCCAAGGAGGAGAAGGAGGAGUCCGAGAAGGAGGAGUCCGACGAGGACAUGGGCUUCGGUCUCUUCGACUAA